CAGCCGCUCGUGCACUCGGCGGCGUCGGCCCUCGCCGAGUGCGCGAGCUGCGUCGUCCUGACCCCCGCCGAGGUCGUCAAGCAGAACGCCCAGAUGCUGUCCGGCCGCGCCGGGCCCGCCAAGUCCACCAGCCUCCAGGCCCUCGGCCACCUCACCGCCGGCCGCGGCGUCGCCCACAAGCUGCUCAGCGGCUACACGGCCAUGGUGGCCCGCAACCUGCCGUUCACCGCCAUCCAGUUCCCCAUCUUCGAGUAUGCGCGCACGCGCAUAUGGCGGCGCAGGGAGGGCACGGGGAGCGACGGCGCGGGCUAUGGCGCGAGAGAGAAGCGGGGCUUGUUGGAGACGGGCGUCAUCACCGGCACGAGCGCCGGGUUGGCGGGCAGCUUCGCGGCCGUGGUCACGACCCCCAUGGAUGUGGUUAAGACUAGGAUGAUGCUGAUGGCGGGCGGCGAGCAGGACGGAGGCAGCGUUGCGCGUGAUGGACAGGGAAAGUCAAAGGCUGAGACGACGAACAGGAAUCAGAACGGGCUUGCGGUCGCGCGUCAGGUUAUUAAGGAGAGAGGUGUGCCUGGACUAUUCAGGGGGUCGGUGCUGAGAGCUGUGUGGACAGCUGUAGGGAGUGGACUAUACCUGGGAAUGUAUGAGGUCUCGAAGGUGUGGUUGACGAGGGGGAAAGAUGCCGAGGAUGAGACUUUUCCUUAGAUGCAUUGUGAGGGACCAGCGUUUUUAUAGAUUGCCCGUGGCUCACGCCAAGUUGAUAGACCCGUCGAUGUAAUAUAGUUUUGAAAUUGCACAAGCGUUAUACAGUUAAUGGCAGGCGAUGCAAAAACAGAUAUACAAACGGGUGUAAUAUUAUAUAAGCGCAUGGUAAGGUACCCCUGCUCAUUAUAGGGGUCUGAUCAUGUGCCGAUACCUAGGUAUUCUAGUUCCCGUAGCAUUAUUUACGAAUCCAAGCA